AUGUCUACCCGGCUCAUUCGAUUGGAAGCCUUGAUUGAUUCGUCAUCAUCGACUCAUCAGGUUCGUACCUAUGGUGGGCAGGGGAGGAGAACCACAACAGACGGUACCGCGAUCCACAGGACCAACUUCCAUGCUGCAGAAGUCCCCAAGGAUGGCAGAUCAGCGAUUGCAAUGCACGAGGUUGAUAGUGUCACCAUGCCCGAUUCAAUCUUGGGCCGAUCCGAUUUUGACUCAGUCCUCGAGCACCCUGGACCCAGAUCUGUGGCAGCAACAAACUUUGAAAGCGAGGGAAGUCGCUUUGAACCAAGCCACGAUCAAAUUCCAAGCGUUAUCAUCGAUGCAGCGUACUUCCAGAGCGAAUCUACAACUACUACCACAACAACUCUCAAUCCGCCGAGCGUAACAAUGACUGGAAGCACCCCAGCUCUGGAAGAGAGCUCAAAUCUGUUCUCAAACGAGAUGUCCAAUAGGGCAUAUUUCGGGCCGAGAUCUUUCUUGUCUAUUGCAUCUCAGCCUGGUAUUGAAUGGCUUGAGAGCAAGGUGCAGUAUCCUGCCAUGAGAGAAUCUCUACACCGGUUCGCGAGGACUGUCAACAUGCUCUUCAAGGAAAAUGCGGGAUCUGUCCUCGCGGCAAAAUGCCCGACUGCCGAGCCAGCGGAAGCCGUUGCUUGGUCAUAUGUCAGGGCAUUCUUUGAAGUAUCACUCGAAGCCGCCAUUGGCAUCAUCGACCACUACUGGUUUUACACUACCCUGACCGAACAUUUUCGAAGACCGAGGCCAGAUGAUGAAGAUCCAUCGUGGUUUGCCCUCCGCUAUACCGUCUAUGCAUUCGGAUGUCGAAUUUCCAAGAGUAAGAAUGAGCCAUAUUCACAUGCGGCUGAAAAGUCCGUGGCUCUGUUUGAGAACGCUUUAUCGGUGCAACUAGACAUAAUGCAUCGUCGCUCUACUAUCAUUAGCGUCAGAGCCUUGUCGCUAAUGGCUAUUGACGACGACGAAAUCAGCUGCGAUGCUCCUAAACUAUCAACCAGCAUUAGUGAUAUAAGCACCCCAUUCACCACAAUAAGCGUCCUGCUCAGUCAAAUUCAAUCGCAAGCCUACAGACGGUUAUCAAGUGCCCGAGCCCGGCGACAACCUACAGAAAAAUUGGUACGCGCGGUGUCCGAGCUAAAUACCGAUGUAGAUUCGUUCAAACGAUCCGUCAAACACAUCAUACCGUUCGACGAUGCCAUCGAGGAUGUCCAGCUGCCACCAAACAUGACCAGAUGUCAGCUCAUGGUGGUAUACUUUCUGUACUACAGCGUAUUGACCGACAUUCAUAGCUCUUUGCUUGUACCUUGGUUCUCUUUCACCGACUCGGGCCAAUUCGACGCUUUUCGAGCCCAGGUGGAAAGCUCAUGUCGUAUCGUUGCCGAGACCGCGCGCAAUGUCAUCUUGUGCAGUCGCUUGAUCCGUCUGAAGCCGAAUACACCCGUACUGCUUGCAUUAUAUGCUCCAUUCCGGGCGUCCAUCAUGCUUCUCAUCCAUAUCCUGUCGAAUCCAGGUGCGCCAACCGCCCAGUCAGACUUGGUCCUGAUGAGUAUCGGGUCGGGAUUCGCUCAUCGCCUCAACUUUGAGACAGGUGGUGCUUUCAAUUGGCCAUUCAUUGAAGAAUGGGCUGCAUCUGCUUCUGCGGCUGUUCACCGAGCCAGACCCUCAGACGCAAUUCUUACAGCUCAAAUUCGCGAGCCCAGCACUACAGCAGUAGACUCAUCAGGUGCUGACGUCGGUGCUGAAGGUGAAUCCAACACUGUCAACCUGGAUGAAAAUCAAUACUUCCAAGAGGUAUGUCCCAUCCGAAAUUCAUACAAUUUCCAACUUUUGCAACCUAUGCGUAUGUGCUUGAUCGGGCAGGGGUAA